UAGAGGGCUGCUCUCACUGCUACUUUCCGCUUGCACCUGCUUCCUUGGAACCAAUCUAUCCCAACCCUUCAUGAUGGCUCUACAGAUGUCUGCUGCAAGGAACCUUAUGAGGGAAAGGGGAUUCAGCUCUAGGUCUGCAUAUGGACUAGGUGGGCACAGAACCUAUGCUGCAUCUGUUCGCUAUCCAGUUAGAAAUGGAUAUGGGGUCCCUGGCUUCACUAGCCAAAGUCUUGCUAACGUGGGUGCAAGCAGAAGAAUUUCCUGUGGUGGAUACGGAGGCUACGGUGCUGGGUGCUAUGGUGCCUACAACUAUGGUCAUGGGGGUUGUGGUAGCUUGGGCUUUGGUGGUAUGGCUUUCUAUGGCCCUAGAACAUAUGACGCCAUGGGAAGUUAUGGAUCAUUUGGGGGAUAUUCGAACUCCAGGGGUGAUAACCUCCAUGAAGUCAGAGUCAAUGAGAAGCUCCUUCAGCCAUUACAUGUGGGAGCAGAUCCCCAGGAACAUGACGCACGAAAUCAUGAGAGGGAAGAGAUGAAGAACCUCAACAACCAGUUUGCUAGCUUCAUUGAAAAGGUUCGAAUCUUGGAACAGGAAAACAAGGCCCUUGAAACAAAAUGGAACCUCUUGCAACAAUAUGCCAUGGUGCCAAGGAGAAAUCUUGAACCAUACUAUGAGAAUUUCAUCUCAAACAUGAAGUAUCAGAUAGACUGUUUAUUGCAUACUAGAGAACACCUGACCAAUGAUAAAGAUGCCAUUCAGCACCUGGUGGAGGACUUCAAGAGCAAAUAUGAAGAGGAAUUCAAAAGACGGACGACAGCUGAAAAUGAAUUUGUUCUGCUCAAGAAGGACGUUGACUCAAUUUCUCUCAGCAAAACAGAACUUGAGGGAAAAGUAAAUUUGUUGAGAUGGGAACUGGAAUUUCGCAAAAGUGUCUAUAUGGAGGAACUAAUGCAACUAAGUAGCCAAAUCAGUGAUAUGAACAUUCUUGUGCAAAUGGAUAACAACAGAGACUUGGACAUGGAUUCAAUCAUCAGAAAUGUUGAAGCUUGGUACCAGAGCAUUGCCCACAGAAGCAAAGAGGAAGUAAAUGCUUUGUACGCAGACAGGUUCCAAGAACUUCAGGAGCAAAGAGGGAAAUACCUGAAUGACCUGAAGAUCAACCAGUAUGAGAUUGAAGAGCUGACACGGGUGGUUCAUACCUUGCAGUCUGAUCAUGGCAAUGUUAAAAAACAGGUUGAUGCUCUGCAAACAUCUAUUUGUGAUGUUGAGCAGCGUGGUGAUCAAGCUCUCAAAGAUGCUCAGGAAAAGCACAGUGAUCUACUGUCUGCUCUGCAAAAGGCCAAGGAUGACUUAGCCAGCAUGCUGAAAGAUUACCAUGACCUUUUGAAUGUCAAGUUGGCCCUUGACAUUGAGAUUGCUACCUACAGGACCCUACUCGAGGGCGAGGAGACCAGGUUACACACUGGAUAUCCCUUCAGCAUAGAUGUGGUCAGACCCCAAUACAUGGCAAAUUCAGCUGGAUUUGCAGUUCCAUAUGGAUAUGGUUCUAUGGGUGGAGGAUACAAUUCAGCAUAUGGUGGAGGAUACCCAGCUGGAAGUCACAGGUGUUAUAACAGGAACUGCAGCACCAGAAGUGUUGGGAACUACUCAAAAUCUACAGACAACAGCAGUGCAGCUACAAGACCAUCUGGUUCUGCAGAUGCAGAACUUUCCCCAGGAACAUCAAACAGCUCCAGGGGUGUGUCCUACUCAGGCGGUAGCCCAACCUCCCCUGGAGACAGCUCUUCCACAGAAAAAGUGUUUGGGGCAGGAGUAAGUGGUUCAGGCACAAGAUUCAGUUUGGAAAGUGACCAGGAACCAUCCAGAUAUGUAGGGCAGGGACGUAGAACAGCAAGUUGCCCUGACAGAGGCUACUUCCAUGGAAGUUAUGGUCAACAUGGUGCCAUUCCAUUUAGGGCUGAGGGAUUGGGCCCUAGGGGUAGAGCUGGCCACAUAAUCCUCGGCUGCAAUCCUGGAAUUGCAGGAGGCAUUGACAUGGGCAAUACGGGAGUUUCAGGUAUCAGCAUGCCUCUGGUAAGGGGCUUAGGCUUGGGAGGAGGGCCCUGUGUAGGGUUUGGUGCUCCUAUUGCAGUAUGUCAUCCUGGAACAGUAGGAGGCCUUGGGGGUAUUUGCUACCCUGGACCGUUGGGGGCUCCAGGUGGCAUGUGUUAUCCUGGACCAGUAGGGAUCAUGUAGGUAUCUGUCUUCUGCCCUGGACCAUUUGGGCCAUCAGCAAUUCUGCAAUUUAAAAAUCUUACCUACAAAAUAGCUUUUUAAAAACUCAGUUCUUGGUUUUCUAGUAGCAUAAGAAUGAUAAAGCGAGUCACUGAAUAAUUGAAAUAACUUAUGUGCUUUUCUUGGGUUAUUCACCUUCUUUGAAUUUUUGGCACUGAUGAAUCUAUUCCAUAUAUAUACACUUUUAUUCACAAAUAUCUUUUAUAUGGAAAGUCAAAGAAUGUAGUGUUGCUAUUUUUGGAGAAUGGGCCGUAUUAAAUAUAUUUUUCAUUACUUUCUGUCAUGAUCAAAUAAUGAUAUUUAUAAUUGGCAUGCCUUCCUUAUUAUGGCUGUCAAUUUAACUUUUUUUACCCUCUCGCUUUAAUUUUUUAAAUCCAUUCUGUCAAAAUGUGCAAAUUUUAUUAAGUUUCUAUCAGAAAACUAACUAAUCAAAAUCACCACAUUCUACACUGGACCAGUUUUACAUUCAUGCUACUCCUACCAUGGAGAAAAUCAUGUUAUAUACAUGCACCACAAUAUUGUAUCUUUCUGGGGAAAAAAGAUGGUACCCUAAUUUCAUCAACAUAAAUAUAACUGAAUAAGGAGAGAGUCGAAGCUAGAUUCAGCCAACAAUGGUCUUUGUCAAUUUCCCUUUCUACCACAUUUGAAUUUUUUGAAAAAUCUCAAGAACUCUCUGAUCCAUUUAUAGAGAAAAUUAUGAGUGCUGGAAACUUCUAUAAAAACAACAACAACAACAUAUCAAGAUAAAUGAGGGUUUUCACCCUGGCCAAAUUGUGACUAGUACACAGAUAUUUUUGUAGUUACUCAAAGGUUUACAACACCUUGAUAGGUUUUGAUUACAGUGCUUUCUUUUUAUAAUGCCAACUUUAACAGGCAGACUCUAUUAGUCAUACUAGAAGCAGAACACCACUUUAGAAAUAAGGAAGUAUAAAAUCAGCAAAUAUAUGGCAAACAUUUCUGAUUGACCCACACUUCAUAAUGGAGUAUAGAAUGCUUAUAUAAUAGGGUGGUGAAUAUGGUGAAAAUUGGGCAAAGGAAAAUGAAAUCAAUCAUUCUAUUUUGUGAAGGUCAAGGAAAAAGGUUAAGGAAUUCUUCGUUAAUUUUGUUCUUAAAGAGAGUAAUGUGUAAUUUUCUUUCUGCUUUGAGAGUGUCUUCAAAAGUAGUUCAGUUUUCACUGAAAUUUCACAUUUGUACUCAUUCUAUGUAAAAUUCACAUGAUUUUUUUCACAGAACAAAGCAUUUUCCAAGCAGGCAAUAUUUUCCAUGCAAAAACCAUAUAAGGAUGUUGCACAGAAUAACUUAAGAAACAAUCUUGUCAGGGUGCACCUGCACUGUAGAAUUAAUGCAGUUUGGCCCCACUUUAAUUCCCAUGGCUCAAUGGUAUAGCCUCAUGGGAAGCUGCAGUUCGGUGAGGCAUCAGCACCCUUCUAAAGAGAAGGCUAACGACCAGAUAAGCCUUCAGGGAAGCUUUCCUCCCAACAUCAUGACCUUUGGAAAGCCACUGAAAAUGAGAACUGAUCUAUAUUUGGGAUUUGUUUUGUACCACAGUAUUCCAUGAUAGAUACACAGAUACAGUAUUUAGCUUCUCCAGUUAUUUGCUAACAAUAGUAAUAGUCAUUAAUAGCAAUCACUGUCUGGUUUCCAUAGAAAGCUAUUUUCUGUAAUAAAUAUGUCCCAUAAAUAAGUUCCAGAAGCCAUUUUUUUCGACAGAAGUCUUUCUUUUAGCACAUUAUACAGACUCUGUUUCCAAGUCUGAAACUUCAUGUAUUUGGGGUUGGUGUGGUUAUUGUUACUCUCUAUAUGCAAAAGUUGUUCCCACACUUCACUUUGCAUCUUGCCUGAAAUCACUUUUUUUUUGCUUUUCUCCAUAAUAAAAUGCAUGAACAAUGAAAUGGUUACCAGUAAUAUUUUACUAAUGAUGACACAGAAUAAAAUACUGGACAUAAACACUUAUGGGUCUAAAUCCUACUGUUAAUCGUUUCCGAAACAGACCCAUUGAAUUCAUUGGAUUUACCUAUAUGUGUUGACUUACCAUUCAGCAGCUGAUUGAGUGGGCCUACUGUAGUGGUAACUAAU